GAAAAAUUAAGUGACGACAUUCUAUCUUCAAAGCGAAGUACAGUCAAACAACCAUGUCUACCUUUGCUUUCCUUCUCCUCUGCGUUCAGGCUUGUCUGAUCCAGAACGCCUUCGGCAUGUGCGCCAGAGGUAUCGUGGGCCCCGCUAUCGCUCCUCUCGGCGUGCCCGCCUGCGGUGCCGCUUUUGCCGCUCCCGCCCUGGCUCCCUUCGGCGCCCCCGCCCUCGCCGCCCCCGGUCUCGGCUGGGCUGGUUUGGCCGGACCUGCUGUCGGCACCUACGGAGGCACUGGCAUCGGUAACGUGGCCGUCGCCGGUGAGCUGCCCGUGGCUGGUACCACCGCCGUCGCCGGACAGGUGCCCAUCAUCGGCGCCGUGGAGUUCGGUGGACCCGCUGCCGCCGCUGGUGCUGUCACAAUUGCUGGUAGCUGCGGCUGCGGAUGCGGCGCUCCCUACAUCUACUAAACCUAUACACAUGAAUAAACUUAAAAUAAAUAUUCCACCAAGAAAUACCUUA